AUGGCGAAACGACCGGCCGAAGCAUCCCUCGAGGACUCUGUGACCGACUCACCAGCAUCGAAGAAAGCGCGUGUUCAAGAUGUUCCGGACGAAGAUUUACCAGCUCCGGCGCAUAGCAAUGGACACGCGAAUGGCAAAGCUGCAAAAGCGCAGGAUGACGACGAGGAUGAGGAAGAAGAUGACAGAAAUGUGUCGCGACAGCAAGCGCCGGCCGACGGAUACUCAGAUCUUUAUCUGGACACAAUAUCGCGAACGCGACUGGAUUUCGACUUCGAAAAGCUAUGCUCCGUGACACUUUCGAAUAUCAACGUGUACGCUUGCCUGGUAUGCGGAAAAUACUUCUCCGGCAGAGGACAUAAGACGCCGGCAUAUUUCCAUGCGCUGGAGGAAGGACACCACGUCUACAUCAACAUGGAGACGAAGAAGGUGUGGGUGCUGCCGGAGGGCUACGAGGUGAAGAAUAAGAGCUUGGAUGAUAUCAAGGUUGUGGUCGACCCAAGAUUCACCCAGGAGGAGGUCAAGACGCUGGACAAAGAACCCAAACCGGCAUGGGAUCUGCUGGGAAAGAAGUAUAUACCAGGAUUCGUCGGAUUGAACAACAUCAAAGCGAACGACUACUUGAACGUUGUGGUCCAGGCGCUAUCACACGUCACACCAUUACGGAACUUCCUGAUGCUGGAAGAUCUUUCAUCACGGCCUCAGCUUGUCCAACGAUUCAGUGUGCUUGUCCGCAAAAUCUGGAACUCCAAGGCUUUCAAAUCACACGUUUCACCACACGAACUUAUCCAAGAAGUUGCACUGCGGAGUAACAAGAAAUUCCUUCUCACCGAACAAGCAGAUCCUGUCGACUUUCUCAGCUGGUUCCUCAACAACCUCCACCUCUCCCUCGGGGGCUCGAAAACAAAGUCGCAUUCAUCUCUUGUCCAGAAGAUCUUCCAAGGAACUCUCCGCAUCGAAUCACAAUCCAUCUCCGCCCGCGCCGACGCAGGCGACCGACUUCGCUUUGAAGACGCGGGAGUCAUCAAAUCGCAAACCUCGCCUUUCAUGAUUCUCACCCUCGACCUUCCUCCAGCACCUCUGUUCCAGGACGACGUCGAAAAGAACAUCAUCCCGCAAGUAUCGCUCACGACUGUUCUGCAGAAGUACAACGGCAUCACCGCCCAGGAGCGUCUGAACACUCGGAUGCGGUAUCGUCUACAACAUCCUCUGCCACCAUUCCUGAUUAUGCACGUGAAACGCUUCGCCUCGAACAAGUUCCUGCAAGCACAACGUAACCCGACAAUUGUCACUUUCAACCCGCGGAGUCUAGACAUGAGUCCAUACGUGGAGCCAGAUCCGAAGAUUCACCCAAUCGGCGAGCCCUUGGUGUAUGACUUGGUGGCCAACGUGACGUACGAGGGUGUCAAAGUCCGGGAUGAUUCGGUUGAAGGCGAGGCGGAGCGGAAGAUGUGGAAGUGUCAGGUCAAGGAGGGUGGAGAGAAUGGCGGAUGGUGGGAGAUGCAAGAUCUGUACGUCGAGAGGGUGGAUGCCGAGUUGUUGUCCACGAAAGAGAGCUAUGUCAUGGUGUGGGAGAGGAGGAGAACGAAAAAAGGCAAGGCUUGA